AUUAAUCCAAUACAAGAUUGAUUAAAAACCAAAAACAUAUAAAUUAAAAGAGGAUAGGCAAGAGAGAGAGAGAUGAUAAUAUUCAUUGAAAGUGAAAAGCCAUGGGAAGAACUGACUCACAAAUCCCUUUCUUGAGUGAGAAAACAUUUGGAUUUUGAAGAUAGGCCCCCUUUUCUUGUCAGCAUCAUUUUCCCCACAUUCUUCUCUCUCUCUCUCUCUCUCUCUCUCUCCAUUUCUGAUCAGAUCAGAUCAGAACAGAUUUUUGUUUCUUCCCCAAACCUCAAUCUCAAUUUCAAUUUGCAAAUUGCAAAUUGGGGCUCAUGAAACGAGGACUUCACCCCAAAGGAAUUAGCCCUUUCCUCUCCAACUUUUUCCAUUUCCUCAAGUUGCUGUCUCUCUCACUUUCCAUCUCCAUCAUUGCAGCACUGCAACACCCCAAACAAACUUCCAAAAAAAACCAUGGAUAAUGAUCAUCAUCAUGCAUUCAUAUCUCAAUCCUUACUAUUAUAUAUAUAAGAGUCGAUUCUUUUCCCCAAACAUUCUGAACCAUGAUUUUCCUAAGAACAAGUAGGCUGAUCAUUUGCAUUCUGGCUAUCUCCUUCUUGCUAAAUUCUGGUUUAUCUCGAGCUAGGCAUUUCGUCGAACACCCUGAAGGCAACCUGAGGAGAUACCGAGAAGAGGAUAUGAAGUCGAUGGGAUCGAAGCCGCCGAGGUGUGGGAAGAGGUGCAGGUACUGUAGGCGUUGCGAGGCGGUGCAGGUCCCCAUUUCGGCCAUGGAUAAAUCGAAAUCGAAAUUGAAAACCCUAAAUUGGAGGGGGGAUGAUCUCUCGAAUUACAAGCCCAUGUGCUGGAAGUGCAAAUGUGGAGACUUCUUCUUCAACCCUUGGUGAGGUGAGAGGUUCUUCGAUUUAUUUCUGGGGCUUUUUCCACAUCUUUCUCCAUUUUGUGUUCUUGAGCGUGAAUUGAAAUUGUUUGGGUAAAAUGUCUGUCUGCAUAAAGAAAUAAUGAAGAUUUCGCCAUUGUAAUAUGAAGCUGAUCGCGUCUUGCUGCUCUGCUCUCUUCUCUCAGCGUAUCGUCUUUAGGCAGAAAUGGAUUUUGAAUUGGGACCGGGACCAAUAUAGUAUAACGGUCCCGGACCCUGUAAUCCAAUACUGGGUGAUAAUAUUAAUAGAGGUGUCUUUGGUUGUUCCAAUUUUCUAUUGUUCACCAUUUUUUAAAACAUUAAUCAAAUAUAAAAUAUAUUUUUGGUUAUAUUAUCAAAUAUUUAAGGAUUAUGAUAAAAAUAUUUGUUUAUAUUACGAUUAAAUUAAAAUUUUAUUGCUUACAAUCUCAAACACAAUUUUUUCUCACCCACAUCCAAACACAUGAAAAUGUAUUUCUUUCUUUUUUUGUCCAAACACAAUUAUUUAUUUAUUUAUUUAUUUAUU